AUGAAAUCAAUCUUAUUACCACUAGAUUGUUAUAAUCGAAAACUUCACUUCUCAUUAAUCACAGAUAACGACACCAGUUUUGUUACUGCCGAUACUGUCGACGAAAGUCUAAUCUUGUCGGAUGAUAAAAGUCGUACUACUACAGGUGUCGAUGAAGCAGAUGAAUCGAAUCCGGCAGAGGAUGAUGAAAGCGUAUUUUUUCACGCGUCAAGAAAUUCUAAAAAUGACAGUAAUAACAAUAAUUCAGAUAAAAGAACUUUCAAUAUAACGAUAGAUACAGAUUUGACGCGACCUCCUCGACGAAAAACUCGGUUUGUAGUCAGAUCACCUACCUCACCAAGAUACACAAGAAAACGAGCUAUACUUCGACGAGCUAGUACCAAGUUAAUCCCAGCCAACAACAACAAUAACAAUUCUUCGGGCUCUUCGCAAUCAUCAAUCUCUACAAAAUAUGCAGCAUCUAUAACAACAGAAGAGCAAAAUUCUAUAAGGUGUUCUACAUCUGCGACAUCGUCAGAAGAUUCAAUACUGCAGAACGUGAAUCCAGUAAAAGCUGAUUUGAAAACACUAGAAAUUUCCGGAGAACUUGAAGAAAUCAAUGCACAAUUCCAAGAAACUUUGAGUGAGUUCUCGAAGAAUUAUCAAAAGCGGUACCAAGAUUCUACGGUUGCACUCGCCGAAAGAUCCCAAUUGAUGAAAAGAAAUCAAGAGUUGAUGCAUACACUUGCCGCCAAAGAAGAAGAAAUCGAGUACUUGAAGAAUGAACUUUGGUCCUCGGGAAAAAAGAUUCAAGAUUAUCAAACGGAUAUGCAGGUGAUGAUGGAACAACAAAAUGAGCCUCUCAUUUUAUCAUUGGAAGAUUUAUCACGUAUUGAAAAAGAAAUGGAAAAUCAAGAAGCGCUUAUUCGUGGAUAUCAAGCGGAGAAUGGGAGGCUUGCCAUGCAACUAAAAGAGACUAAAGCGCAAUUGGAACAUACGGCAAAAGAAAGUGAGUUACAAGCGGCAAAAGUGCUUGGGUUGAUGGACGAUAUUGAACAUUUGAAAUUGGCGGUCGAUGAAAAAGAUAGUACUGAUUAUGUGUCGGAGGCGGUGUUGCAACAGAUGGAUGAAAUGAAACAAGAGAUUCAUCGUCUUAAAGAAAAAGAGGCGACCUUAGUUGAAAAAGAAGUCGCACUAAAGAAAAUGGAUGAAAUGAAAAAAGAAUUGGCAGAGUUGAAGGAUCGAGAAAGUAAUUAUAUGAUAAAAAUUGAUGAUUUGGAGAAUCAAUUGAAUGAAGCACGUGAUGAAAAUGAAACUUCUAAUCGAACAAAUACUGAAGCAAUGGAACGACUUACAGAAGAGAUGAAUAUGAUGAAAUUUACUUAUGAAUCUCAAAUUGAAAGUAUAAACAAGGAACUUUUAACAAAAGACGGGCGUGAGAUUCGAUUUAAGAAAUUAAUAGCUGCAAUGGAGCAAAUUGAAGAUGCUGCAGGGAGGAACGCAGAGGUGACACAGAUAUAUUCUGAAUUACGAAGAGCUAAAUUAUUACCACCACGAAGAAGACGCAAGUCUGUCGGUGACCCGUCGAAGGAAUUACCCGCUUCACCCACAAGAAAACCUCAAAGGAGAAGAUCGCCGUCUCAGUCUUCUUUAGGAGGAAGAUCUCGAGCGAGUACAAUGAGUGGUAGGGCGAGUCCAACGCCUUCUGUUCUAUCCUGUAUAAGUGGAAUCAGUCAAGAUGAAUUUGCUGAUGAUGAUAAUCCAGAAAUCACGGCAUUAAAAGAAAAAAUAAAGAAACUAGAAGAAUCGAAAAGUGAAUCGGACUCCUCAAAGGAAAAAAUGGAGGAUGAAGUUAAAUUAUUGAAGGAAGUGAAGGAAAGAUUAGAUGAUGAAAUUCGUACUAUUAAACGUGAAGCAGGAGAUCGUAAAGAAGAAUAUGAAAAGAAACUACGAGAAAUGGAUGCGAUUAUAUUAGAUCUUAGUACGGAGAAUAUAGCCAAUGCUGAAGAUUCUAACGCUGAUAAUGAAAAGUCAGAAACUUCUACACCAAUAAUACCACCAGAUAUAAUCGAAGACUUGGACAAAAAACAAGAUGGAGAAAGAAGUGCAAUUGAAUAUCUCAGUAAAUCAGUACCGAUGACAGCCGAUCUCGCGUCUUUACCAAUCACUAGUGAAUUUUUGGCUGUUCUCGGAGAUGGAGGCGAGUUUAAUGAUAUCGAGAGACUAAUUGCCCAAUUGGAAAGGACAAUUGUUGAAAGGACAAUGCAAUUAGAUGCUGCUCAUCAACGAGCCACUGAAGCCGAAACGAAAUUAGUUUCUAUAUCAAAAGAGAAAUUAUCGUGGGGUGUAGGUUACGAUAAACAGGUGAAAGCUUUAAAUAAACAAGUACAAGAGUUAAAUGAACUUUUACAGAUGGAAAGAAAAAAUUCGAGAAAAGCAUUGGCAGCAGCAGCGGCUGCUAAACAACAAUCUUCUGCUUCUCCGAUAGUAAUUAAUGGCGUACAUAAUACAACACGAUCCAAAGAAGAUAAAAUUACGGCCUCAACAGCAGCGAUUGCAGCUUCAACAAUAGAAAAAUUUCAAGCACAUAUAGAAAAACUUACCGCAGAGAAUAAUAAUCUGAGAAUUCAAUUUGAAACUUUACAAACGAUGCAUGAAGAAACAAUGAACAUUUUAACAGACAGUCAAAAAAGUUCGCUAGCAAAUAAAGAUUUAGCUAGUUUGAAGAUAUUAACUAUAGAAAAAGAAGCUGAAAUUGGCGUACUCAAAGGACGGCUAGCUGGACUUGAAAACGUGGUGAAACGACAGAGGGCAGUACUAGCAAAGGUAUUGCCUUCCUCAUCUUUAUCAAAUGGCUGUGGCGCAGCAACAUCAGUUGGUACAAAAUGCCUCGUAGAAAAUGACGGAAUUGAUGAUAAAGCGCUUAAAGGCCUAAGCGAGGCGGGUGCUCAAAUUGUACAAAAUCUUCGCGAAGAAAAUGCUCUUUUGCGACAAGCCAUCGCUGCUGCUCGUCAUCAACAACCGCCACCCGACAAGAAUGAUACAGCAGAGAUACAAAAGGUAGCCUCAAAAACCGCUCAAAGUUUUGAAGCGCUUGCCUCGCAAAUAGCAGAGAUGGAACAUCGGUUCGCUGAACGAGAAAAAGAGUUGCAGUAUGUGAUAGAAGAUACAAAGAAGCAGUUGGAAACUGUUAUGACUAGCUUGAAGAAAUUAGAUCAUAGUAAAGAAAAAAAGCAACAAUAA